AUGGGUCCCAAAUCUUCUGAACCAAGGAGUGAAUGUGAUACGCAGUCUCUGACUGACAGUGUAACGGACUAUCCUAUAGAAAAUGGAAGACGGUAUCACAGGUACCAUGAAGGAGCCUACCCAUAUCCAAAUGACGAGCAAGAGCUCGAUCGUCUUGACAUGCAACACCACAUGUUCAAGAUGUGUAUGAAACAGAAGCUGUAUAAUGUUCCUCUCAAUGACCCAAAACAAAUACUCGACAUCGGCACUGGUUCUGGUAUAUGGCCUAUUGAAAUGGCACCCCUCUUUCCCAACGCUGCCAUUAUUGGAACAGACCUCUCUCCAGUCCAGCCGACAGAGGUCCCCGAGAACGUUCAUUUUCUGGUGGACGACGCCACAGAAGAGGAAUGGCUCUGGGACGACAACCAUUUUGAUUUCGUCCAUAUCGGCAACAUGACCGGCGCCAUGCCCUCUUUUAAACGGUUACUACGACAAACCUUUAAACACCUCAAACCAGGUGCAUACAUUGAAUGCCACGAACUAGAUCCCAAACCACAAUGCGACGACGACACCAUGCCCCCGGAAAAUCCAGACGGGUACAGCAAAUUCGCUUUGCACGACUGGUACGAUCUAAACAUGCGUUCAAGCCAGGAAAUGGAGCCUUUAAGGUAUUUCCGCAUCGCUCCAAAGAUAGAGCGGUGGAUGAAGGAGGUUGGCUUCAUGGAUGUCGAGCAGAAAAUUUUCAAAGUUCCGACAAACACCUGGCCCACAGACGAGCGACUGAAACUCAUUGGGAAGUGGAGUGAAAGUAAUUGGCUAGAAGCCCUAUCCGGCUGGUCAUAUAAGCCGUUCCUUGCUCUGGGCUGGUCGAAGGCCGAGAUUGAAGUCUUCCUCGUCGAUGUGAGGAAGGCUAUCCAGGACAAGAAUUGGCUGGCCAACGGGAUUAGUCAUUCAACGCCAAGACUCCGCGCCGAAGCUGCUACAGAAAGACGUCGCUCGUUCAUCACGACUGAAUCCGGCAAUUGGCUCACAUGCGCCAUCUUUAAAUUCAUGUCUUUCGGUAGGCGUGCCUACCGGCAUGCUUUGAAGCCAUCUGCUUCAUCUACGUCCGACCAUCUGUGGAUCAGUGACGACCUGCUCGCAACCACCUUCCGGCAUUUCGCGAAUGGACAGCGCCGCCAUGGAAGCUGUGUGCCUGGCCCUUUGGAGGCGCGGAGGCGUCUUGCGAAGCGAAGGAAUACCGCUUUAGCCGGUAUUGCAGGAGUCGAGGAUAUCGCGUGCCUGUUUGGUCGCAAUGGCAGGGAGCAUAUGAAGUGGACGGACCACCCGUGGCAGAGAGCGCAACCCGAAACCCAGGAGCUUCGCAGUUAUGCAAUCGCCUCGCACGGGGCUCCUUUACCCUUCUACGAUCACAAUCCCGAACCUAUUGAUUCGCAUAUCUUCGACGACCCGUGUACAACCCCAGACGCAAAAUCGAUAACGAAGGAUGAGAGGUGGAUAGAAUUCCUCGACAAGAAUGACUGGGGCAUGGAAGAUGCCCGAGAUUUCGCUCGGUAUUUGAAUAUCGACCUUCAACGGGAACCUAAAUACAGCCAGCAAAUCUUCGACAAGCUCCUCACGCGGUCAACAAUGGACUUGACACAAGCCAUCCAAUUUCUCGAUGACCCAUUUUUAAAUACUCGAGGAUCCGGGAACUACCUUGCCGCCGUGGAAUUAUUCGCCCAAAAGAAAUCAAAACGAUCUAACCGUACUGCCGUGCUCAAUGCAGUUACUCGCGCGCUAGAACUAGGCUUGGUUCCCACGGAAGAGUUAUGCUUAAUCGUUAAGGCUCUUCCGAACAUCAUUGUCGAACGAAACAAGACUCUUGGGUCAUGGGACCAGAAAGCGUUGCUGAAGCACUACCGGGCUAUGUGGAAAGCCAUUGGACGUUGUAACAUCCUUGGCUACCAUGACCUUGAAAAGACAGUUACGGAUACAUGGUUGCAGCAGCUUUUGGAUAUACGGGGCUUCCGUUUCGCGGAAGAAAUCAUCAUCGCGACACAUGGCGCCAGCUCGGAUGACUACUGGCCCUCGGCCAUGGUCAUGACGUGGUUGAAAGCCGUGGAUAGCCCGAACACGACAAUGCUUCUUCCUUCGCCCGAACGAGUUCUGAGCCAGCUUGAUGCUGACUGUGCGGCCAAGUGCGUCAUCAACGUGACCCAGCUCUUGACUCUUGCCGUGCGGGAAGACAAGACCCGAAACCAACAGCUUGAGCGAUGGCGCGAAUGUUUAACAAGUCUGUCAAGUGUUGAGGCCAUUACAAGCUCGCAGGUUUGGUUGGAUCUGCCUCUUGCCUACACUGAGACACCCCUGCAGGCCCACAUCGCCUCCGAUUUGGCCUUACCGAUUCAACAUCAGAUCGUUUUACGUUUGUGGGCGCUACGAAGUUUGAGUCGAGCACUGGCUCCUAUGUAUAAUCAAGAUGCCAGGUCGACGGACCGACCUAUUUACUUAUUGUUUGGCCUCUUUGAGUUGACUGUGCGAAACACAGAAGGAUCCUUCCUCGCAGACCUCCUGCGUGGGAUCCAAAGCCUCGACAUCCCACACAACAAUCUUCUCCAGCUGGCAGUCGAUCUCAAGCUGAGAAAGCAGACCAAAAAAACCACCCGCAGAACCCUCGAGCGACUGGAAACCUCCCAGACUACCCUGUCAGAAGUCUGGACAAAACCGGCCGAAUACAAUGGAGUCCGAGCCCUUUUCUAUGGUACAUUUGACCUAAUGCUCCGCCGUAUGGAUCUCACCAACCCAGUCAUGAUGGAAGAGUGCCUCCGCCUCGCCAGAGAGGGAGACUCAAAGAGCGUUUGGUCAAUCCUCAGACUACUCGACAACCACACCCCGUUCAAGAUCUGCCUAAACAAAGCCUGGGUCCCCAUUCCCCACCCCGACCAAAUGGCCAUCGUGCGUUACCACCCUGGCUUAAGAGACAGCCAGUGCCCAGAUCCUUACCUCGCGGUCGACAUGAUCCACCAACUUGCCGUUGCACUAUCCUGCUCGACGCAGCUGAAUCCCUCCCGAUCAUUCCACCUGAUCCACUGGCUCUACGACUAUCUGCGUAAACACGGCGGUCCUGUGUACCCGUCUCUGGUGCGUGCUAUGUACCAUGCCGGCGUUGUGCGUUUCCGUCGUGAGGGACUUCGUGUUUCGGCUACGCGAUAUGAGUACAUUCUCUGGAUCAUGGAAAAGUUCGAGGGGCGUGCCGUUGUGAAGGAGUUGACCUCGGGGCCUCAGAUUGGGCGGUCCUACCAUGGCCAGCCGUGA